AUGCCAAGCACAGCUUCCCUCUCUACUCUUCCAACAUCCUCUUAUUCUCACUCCUUUUACGAUCAUACCCAACCCUCGGCCCGUCCCAGCUCCCAGCCACAUUCCUCCACAUUUCCCUCAAGUCAAAUGGACUUUUCUGAAGCAGACUCGGCUCUUCACCAACAGUCAAAGCGUCUUGCCGGACUAUCUAUUACGAACGCUACUGGAGCUAAAGUCAGUAUCCUCAACGACAAUUCAGCUGAAAUCAAUACACCAUCCGAACAACAGCCCGUGCCUCACUCACCAUUUUCUCCGUCUCUUCGCUCGCAAGAGACAGCUAGUCGACAGAGACACACUUCAAACGAACGCCCACAUCCCAUGCAACGCUUUCAAUCCUACCCAGGUCAUCGUCAAGAAGAGACUCAUGAUCAGGACCAUUCAGAGAGCAGCUAUACCGGACGAUCGUCAUCCCUUACUAACGCAUCUACACCCAUCUAUUCCAGUGGUGAACUGACGUCCUCAAAGUCAUCCUCAAAGCCCCUAGCAAUAUCGUCACAACGCAGUCGGAGUCUCAGUAGCGGCUCUACACUAUCCCCAAGGAUUUCCGCAGCCUCUUCCAGCCCUUCCGCCUCUGUAUCGUCACCAACGCAUCCAUUCUUUUCACGAUCUUACUCUGAGGAAAAUCAGUCAGAUGACUCGGAAUCGAAUCGAAAACCGUCAGAUCCCAACUCUACCAACGCAUCUGGGUCCCCUGUUGCUGCAAAGCGCAAAUAUAUGUGUUCGCACCCUGGUUGCCAUAAGUGCUUCACCACGAGCGGACACCUUGCUCGGCAUAAUAGGAUUCAUACUGGAGAACGAAACUUUCCGUGUCUUAUGCCUGGAUGUCCCAGCAAGUUUUCUCGUCAAGAUAACAUGAUGCAACAUUAUCGUACUCAUAUUUCACCUAAAUCACGUCGUUGUCCUAUUAAAAAGGAGAUUCUGACUGUAGGCGUCAGUGGCAACAGCUCUCAAGAGAACUUGGUUCAUACUGGCCGUGAGCACAGCCCAGUGAUAGGCUAUCAUGGAGCUGACUAUGAUCAACAUCAUCAUGUCUCCAAGAUGAACGGGUCACGUCAAGGUUCUCGACAAAACUCGCCUCCGCGCUUCAAUCCUCUCGACCGCAAUAACGGCAUUGAAUUUAAUGGACGCAAUCAUAUGGAUGUAAACUACAAUGUUGGCAGUGGUACUGUUGGCCUAAGACAUAAAAAAUCGGGCGUCAUUCAAGCCUAUCAACACCACACACCUAUGCCUCACUUCGACGUGCAUGCCGUGUCGUCAAUGUCGCAGUCACAGAAUGAAGGCCAUGGACAAGCUGCUGGUCACCCUAUUGCUACCUCUCAAGGAGCCAUGCCAUCACCUCUAACCCCAACGAUGUCAGCGACAUUCGUGAACCACAGCCAGCACCAAGCCGCAUACACCCCAGCCGCUCCAUAUCCUUUGGCUACUCGUCAUCAGGACAUGCAUACAUCCUACAAUCAUAGUCACGAUAUCGAUAUCUCCAAGCCUGCUCUUAAGUACCAUCGGUCCGAUGUCCUUGCCUCUCCCAGAUCGCCUAUGACGCAGGACGUCGAGCGCAUGGAGGGAGUUACACCAUCAUUGGAGGAUCGCAACCGGCACUACUAUCAUCAAGCUUACUACAGCCAACAGCCACAUCCGGAACAAUCUUAUCAUCAACACCAUAGCAACUCAUCACAUGCUGGUCAUGCUCAGGCGGCUCAACCUCACGAUGAUUACCAACACAAUUCGUCUGCUCAUGCUCAUGAAAGGUUGACUCACGAAAACAGAUACCUUAGUAAUCGCCUGAAUGCUGCUAUGCCACCUUCGCCCCAGUCGACACCGCAUACACCAACAAAGUAUCGCUUUGAUCCUAUUCAAGACUGUUUACAGCAAGAUAGGCACCAGUACCGUGAACAUCGCGAAUCACAUUAUGAGCCUCAGCCACGCCUUACAUCUCAGUAUCAAGGCACAUCAAUGGAGGAUGAGGACAUGUCGUCUACGACACGUUUGUCCAUCAUGUCUUCAGCCUCAUCCAUGACCUCUACCUCUUCGGCUUCUUCGGUCUCUUUACCUGCAAAGGCACAUAAUGCAGAUAAACAGCGUAACCAAGAAACAGAGGAGGAAAUGUCUGGGCUUGCACAUUUGGCUCAGAUCGUCACGACCUAUGGUUGA